AUGCAAUCCACCACGGGACGACUCACAGCGAGCACCUCGCUGGCUUCACAUUCAGAGCCAGAGCAAAAAGAAGAAAUAUUACACGAUGACGAUCGACCCGACUCUCAUGACCCGCCCGACGCGAUUGCACGCACGCCAAUCGCCAAUUCUUGCGGCGACGAAGAAGACGACUUGUCAGCCGCUGGGAAACGCUCCGCACGGCCUCCCGAAUCAACGAACCCUUCCACCGAUCCUGCCUUCAUCCGCCGGUACCUGUCUGCUGCGCCGAUUAAGGAAAAACAGCAUCUCUCAACGCGACACGCCGCAAAUGUCAGAAAAGUCCUCUCUAGCAAAAGGGGAAGUGAAUCUCGAGCACAUCAAAUACAGCAAGAGCGUCAUAACUAUGCGGGCUCUAACGAUUGGCGCAUCAUCCUUCGCACGUUGGACGAAAAGACAAUGACCGGCCCCAUGCUGUACAAGAAGAGGCUAGAGACAGUAAUGUUACCCAAGGGCGUACUUGCCAAGUUUCACAGCAAUGCAGGCGUCUCCUUCAAGGAGAUAAUGGAGCAUACUGGUUGUCAUGUACAAGUAGCACGUGAAGUGACACAUUGCUCUAGAGUACCCGAUGCCUUUGCUGGCUUUGAUCUCCUUGGCUCAUCUUCGCAAAUUACUCGGGCCCUGAAGAUUUUGCCGCGAUAUCUGGACGUGAUGCCGGAAGAAGARAUUGUCGGAGCUCAUGUCAGCAACAAACUGGAGGACCAUGCUCUAGGACGCAGGAUAUCAUCUGAAGAGGAAAUGAAAUUGGCGAGUCUUGCGGUACCGAACACAGUCCAGGAAGAGGAGCAAGGCUCGUUUGACGUGAACGACUUGGAGCAUCUGGAGAACGAGCUCAAUGAGCAGGAAGGGUCCUCGACGCCUGUGACAAGUCCCGUGCGCUCGACUUGGACCGAAGAUCGCACACGCAAACUCAACUUGUCUGACGUGCUUGAAGAGCGCCCAAAAUCACUCGCAACCUCUUUGGAAGUUUCCGCCUACGUGGCAGAGCUAUGCCAGAGUAAGCCGCAAGAGCUCCGACGAGUCUCAUCCAAUCCGGCCCAGCGUGAUCAUGUCCGUAUGGUCAUGGAGAAACUCAUCUCUCUAUUUUCUACUCCCGGAGUCGCUUCCAUGGCUACUUCCACCACAGUCGACCUCGCCRUAAAUUUCUUGACCAAGUACAACGACUUUGCAGCUUUUCGCGCAAUGUACAGAGCACUAGAAGACGGAAAUUACGUCUUCACGGUCUCGAAUUGGAAUCGUUGCCUCGCUGCUGCAGCCAAGGCUGGCGACCUGCAUAAUUACCGCUAUUCCCUGGGGAUUAUGCUGCGGCAGAAUCUAAGGCCAGAUCCCGUCACAUGGGCCACCUUCCACGAUUUGAUAUGCCGUCGGUUUGCGCCAGAGGCUAGCAGUGUCGCGGAAAUCAUGCGGCAGAAAGGCUUGCUUUGGGAUCACCAUGCGGCUAAGCUGGUGGCGCAGAAUGCUGUCGGCAACGAUCUGGCGUCAUACAUAGCUCGAGGCGGCCGUAUUGCGACCUUCUUCAAGCUCUACGACAACCGCUUCAAUGCGGUCUAUGGCCUGGAGUCCUUCAAUUGGCUUUCUGUCGGCGCUGUAAAUCGCAUGAUCGCCGUUCUGGCCUCMGCCGGGCAGCUUAAAGAUGCCUUUGAGGUGUUGGCCGAAUUCGGCAGGAGGAACAGCGGCUGGGCCCUGGACACAGUUGGACUAAACACCUUGUUGACGUCUUCCCUGCGCGAUGAGGAUCCCGCAUCAGCUGUUUCCAUAGUGCAGCAUUUCCGCAUCGGCCGGCCUGGUGCCCUCGUUCCGAACCGCUUCACAUACAGAAUUCUCUUCACGAUAGCAUGGCGGCGGCGAUAUCACAACAUGCUGAGGGUGAUCUGGCGGUACGCUUGUGCAGCCGGGCAGGUUGACCCAAACAUCCGCUACCGUAUGAAAAGGCACUUGAACUUCUUCAUGCCGACCGAUGAUACGCCAAACUCCAGCGUGGCUAUAUGGCAUGCGGUUGCUCCAAAGUUCGCUGUUGGAAUGAGCGGUGGCUUUCGUACCGCUGAUAAAGGUGAUGCUGUUGCAGAUCAACCGGCUGUCAGUCCGCUGGAGUCACAAAUACUGCAGAGCAUAUCUAUGGGACGUCUGUCUAGAGACUCGCCUCAAUUUCACGGGCGGCGGGACUUCUUACACGGCAUCCUGGCUGAUGAUCUUGCUGAAGUGGGCAUGUCAGAGCCCGAAGUUCCAUUCGCGGAGCUCUUAGAAGCCGCAUGGAAGAAAGAUGGAGAGUGGAAAAAGCGUGAGUUGGGUCGAGUUAAGACUUUUGGCCACGGCACGUUCCAAGAGAUGUUGGACGAUGGCAUCAAAGUGCCCAUGAGAAAGGGAAAUGGGACAGUGGAGAAUCGAGCAUGGGAGGUCCCCGCCUUUCUGCGCCAGAACCUUGAUGUUGAAGAGACGGGAGAUGGGAAAGGAGAUGUAAAGUACGAGCCAAAUGUCUGA